AUGGAUCUCUCAAUUCUUCAAAACUUACACACUUACCUUGAAGGCAAUCCAAUUUUUAACUGCCCAAUUUUAUCGCUAGCAUUGUCUUAUAUUCUUGGCAGCCUGAUGAUGAUCUAUACUCCCCCACGACUCUCGUGGCGAGCAUGUCCAUUUUUCAUUUUCUCCAUCUAUGGUUGCGCCGCUUUAUACUAUGGAAAAUCCAAUGUCGAUUCCUAUUCAAAUUUCACAUGUUACGUGCUUGCAGGCCAAAUACUAGGUACCAUUAACUAUGGAUUAUUCAGACUAGAGUCGCCGCAUUUUUCUGCCGCAACAUUCAAGCAGAGACUGAAAUGGGCCAUGGAUGCAUAUCUCAACCCAAGACAAAUCGGAACGACUUCGCAGCCGAGAAACCUGUCGCUGUUCCCAAUAACAAAAUUCGCUCACCUGACGGAUCCAAAUGUAUUUGUCAUUAGCAGAUCACUCAUGGCAUGGUUUCACUAUCUUCUCUGGGGAAUAGUCAAUGACCUUCAAAGAAAUUAUCACACUCAUCUUCAGGUUGGUGAUUAUAGCCCGGAGAAAGAGCAAUUCUUCCGGAGGAUAUGCCAUGUCACUAUACGAGAGAUAGGCAUAAGAAUAUCACUACCUGUAUUGUGGAUUCUGCCUGAGAUUCUUAGCAUUUCUGCGCACCAUUAUUUAAUAUCUGCAGUUGCGGUGUUCAUUGGUGGUGCCAAAGCUAUACCUGGCUGGAACUAUCCUGUUUAUGGAUUAUUGACGGAAGCAUAUACCAUCCGAAGAUAUUGGGGUGUUUUCUGGCAUCAAUUCUUGCGUCGAGAUCUUAUUGCUUGGGCAUCAUUGAUAUCCUCAAAGCUAUUUCGUAUUCCCCAAAAUUCUAGGUUCAACAAAAUCGCCAUGCUGUAUCUGGUGUUCUUCGUCUCUGCAUGUAUGCACGCCAUGAAAUAUAUUCCAGCAAAAAUGAAGUUUCCGAACUGUGGACUAAGUCACAUAUUUCAGUGGUAUUCCCUAUGUCCUUGUGCAAUUAUUGCUGAAGAUCUUGUUCAGAAAUGGGGGAAGAGAGUGCUGAGACGCUACGGAGGGAGCAAUGAUUCGAGAUGGCAUUAUUGGAUUGGGUAUCUAGGGGUUUGGGGUUUCUUUGCUUGGAGUUUACCCAAAUUUGUCUUUCCAAAGGACGAUUGCGUGCCUUAA